CCAUAUCAGGCUCAGAGAAAAAAGUGACAGAGCAAGGAUUACUGACAGAUGAGCAAGAGAAAGAAAGCCAGUCAAUAGAGAAAGAGGGGAGGGACAGAAAGAGACGGAGAGGAGGUGAGACCAGGAGGCAGAGCUCCCCUUUUCCCAUAGCGGGGACUGCAUGCCGUCUUUGUGGCCAGCUAACUUCUUAUUUGGUCAAUCGGCAAGCCUGGCCGUCAGUUGGCAGGGAUGGGUGAUCCAGCGACCCUGGUCGAGUCUGCCACUCCUACCGUCGCCACGGCAAUCCCUACGGUGAUAGCUGGGGAAAUGCAAGAUGGUACUAAGACCCAAUCCGCCAACAAGAAUGGGAAGAAGUCAGACUCUGGGUCCAGCAGCAGCAGCUUCUUCACCUGGUUCAUUGUCCUGGCCCUGCUGGGUGUCUGGACAUCUGUAGCCGUGGUCUACUUCGACCUGGUCGACUAUCAGGGAGUCCUCGGUAAACUGGUGGCAUACGAUACAGAUGGCGAUGGUGAUUUUGAUGUCGAGGAUGCUAAAGUACUCCUAGGACUGAAAGAGAAGGCUGUUGUCGUCGCUGCCCGUCGUGAAGAGGCCGGCACCCCAGUGGAGACCCCUGAACCUGAACCAACACCAGAAGCUAUUGUUGAGCCUGAACCUGUGCCUGUUGAAGAUGUGAUUGAAGCUGCUGUAGCAGAGGACACUUCUGCACCACCACCAGAGCCUGAACCUGUGGCUGAACCAGAACCAGAACCAGAACCUGAACCAGAACCAGAGCCUGAGACUCCUGAGGUGAUUGAGGAGGAUCCAGAGGUGCUGGAGGAGGAGGCUCCCACUGUGGAGGAGGAGGAAGACCCUGUGGAGGAGGCUGCUCCAGCUGAGGAGGAGCCAGCAGCUGGAGAGGUUGAGGAGGAGCCAGCAGCUGGAGAGGUUGCAGAGGAGAUGAUGGCAGACCAGCCUGAAGAGGUCGCAGAGGAGGAACUGGCAACAGAGGAGGCUGUGGAGGAGGAGGCUGCUGACGAGGCCGAGGGGGAACCCGCUGCAGUGGAGGAGGCCGAGGAGGUGGCCGAUGAUGUAGAAGCUGCAGUGGCAGAAGAAGCUGUCGAGGAGGCUGCUCCUGCAGAAGAAGCUGUUGAAGAGCCUGCUGAAGAGGAGGCAGCACCUUCAGAAGCAGCUGUCGAGGAGGUAGCGGAAGAGGAAGAGGCAGCUCCUUCAGAGGAACCUGCUGAGGAGCCUGCCGAAGAGGAGGCAGCACCCGCAGAAGAAGCCGAAGAGGAGGCAGCACCCGCAGAAGAAGCCGAAGAGGAGGCAGCACCCGCAGAAGAAGCCGAAGAGGAGGCAGCACCUUUAGAGGCAGCUGUGGAGGAGGUAGCGGAAGAAGAGGCAGCUCCUGCUGAGGAGCCUGCUGCAGAGGAGGCAUCUCCAGCAGAGGAAGCUGUUGAGGAGGAGGCAGCACCUUCAGACGAGCCAGCUGAUGAAGAGGAGGAUGCUCCUUUAGAAGAGGCUGCUGAGGAGCCCGCUGAAGAGGAGGCAGCUCCUUCAGAAGAGGGAGAGGAGGAGGCAGAAGACACAGAGGCAACUCCAGAAGAAGAAGUAGAGGAGCAGCAAACAGUACCAGUCACAGAGACAGAAGAAGUAGCAGCAGCAUACGAGGCAGAGGAGGCAGCAGAAGAAGAUGCCUAG